AUGAGAGACAUGAAGGCAUCGGUCACCAAAACGCUCGAUAGUACCAAUACAAUCACUUACACACUCAAUCAUCAAAUAGAUCGCAUCUUACCGGCGAAUGAUAUGUUUUAUUUAUGCACAUACGCCCAUGAUCCUUUGAAUGACACACGGACAGGAAAGGUGUUGAAAUGCACACCAACAUUUGAAAUAAAAGCAGAGGCUAGCAACAAUGGUUGCCUCGAUGCCACUUUUAUUGACGAGUGCUUGUUUACCGUGAAUUCGGAUUGUAUAGACAUUCUUGAUCAGGACCUUAAGAGGUUACAAUCAAUGUCAUUAAAAAACGUAGGACUGUGCGUCAGCGCACGGGAACGUAACUUGACCGUGGGUUGUUUUGAUGGCACCGCAUGGAGUGGUGAUGGUACAAUAUGGCGUAAUAGCAGUGUAAUGAACGAUGAUACGGCAUUAGUGAACGAAGUUAGCACGAGUGCAAGAAAUACUACCGUACAGGCCAAUAUCAAAGCACCGAGCAGCAAUGAUUCAGCACAUAGAAAUGGUAGAACGGUGAGAGUAAGCGAUAAAGCACUGUGGGCAGUGCACAUGUCCACCAGCACUAAGUACGUGUGUAUGGGUGGCGAUGACCAACACUUAUACCUCCUUGAUAAUGAUCUAACACUAGCACAUAAGAUAAAAAUAGGCAAUAUCGUAAUUUCAAUCUGUUCCGAGGGCUCUCACAUCUUGGUAGGGACCUAUAACAACAGAUUGUAUCGAUUGGACACACGAAUGAAUAAAAUAGUUGAGGAAUGCAUGACUAUGGGCAGUGCUUGGCGUAUUAGGAAAGAGAAUGGUGGAAUGAUCAUGCCUUGCAUGUACGAUGGCAUAGUACUUAUGGAUAAUACUUCGAUCAGUACUAUGUAUGAGAAUGAAUAUGAUGUUGUAACACAUUAUAAGAUUGAUGGGUUAGUUUACGAUUGUUGUAUUUAUGGUAAUGCGUUGUACUACGCUAGCUUUUAUGAAGGGAAGGUGUUUAGGUACGAUGUAUUUGGUGGCACAGCUUAAUGCUGCUUAACAUGGCAGACGUACUCUUUAAAAGCAACAUAAAGAAAUAAUACCAACUUAAACAUGGCAAGUAAAACGUAGAGCAGCUUAAACGAUUGGUACACCUCCUUCUACGAUAAAAAAAUGAUAUUUACAAGGAACAGGCCGUACAAUGUGUAACAAAUCGUUACAUGAACACUUAGAAGCGUUAAAAAGGAUUGGAGUAAUCCAAAAGUUUUAUUAAAGGUAGACGUACCGAUGGUCCUGUGUACAGCAAUCAGUGAUAGGUAAUGAAUCCGUGCAGUGUACCACUUAUGCUUCACUUGCACGGCAUGGCAGGUUAAAAAUUACUUGUUAUGAUCGUUAUUGUUGCAGAAUGAUAUUUUAUUUAACAUUAAUGUUAGGGGAUCUGUAAUUUUAUGAGUUAUUAUUGUUACCUAGGUAGGAUGUUUUAUUUAAUGUUGAUGUGAAGGAAUGGUAAUUUAAACAAUCAUGUUCUGAUAUGAUUAUGAGGGCCCUUCUUUAAUUGGUAUGUAAUGUGCUGCUGCAAGAUAUGCUUGCCUGUAUUGCCGAACAAUGCGAAGUGAUGUAUGAUCCAAGAGCAUUACUUGUACGUUUAUCAAAGAUGAAAUACCUAAAGAGAACGGAAAAGAAGUUGUUUCUUGGUAAGUACCACCUAAGGUACGUAUUACCACAGAGUGAUGAGCUUAUCACGAAUGACCGGUAUGUACUGUUCAUACGAUGAGGUGCAGGAAUACGGUUGAUCAAUUGGUAGGAAUGAUCGCUAUAAAAUGAGUGCAGCUGCACGUUUAUUGCUUGAUUUAAUAACACAUAUCGCUAGGAAUGGCAUAAAUUGGAUGGUGUAUUUCGGUAAUGAUACGGUUGAAUGCAAGUGAAGGAUAUGCCUGUUUUAACACGCCUUGACAGUGGCACGUUUUUGUUGAAGAAUGGUGAUUUAUUUAUUGUUAGCAUGAAAUAUUGCCAUUUUAAAAAUAGUUUUAAUAGUAACUCUUCAGUGGAACACGCAUUGUAAUACGAACAUGGAUUGGUAUGGGUGUUAUAGAGCGGUGUAUGUGCCUUCUGUGUGAAUUGUUCUUUUAUGGUUUGAUAUUUGAUAGAACUGUCUUAGGUAAGCACUUCAUUACCAGUACGAGUGUAUAGCACCGUUCAAAGGAUCUGUGGCAGAGUAGAAAAAUAUUUAUUUUAUUGUAUGAGUUUGCUUUUUAGUGGUAAGUAAUUGAUUUAGUGGUAAAUUGGCUGUAUCUAGGAACUGUACCUGGUGGCGAGAAAAGGGUACGAACAAUCAUGGUUUGUGCCAUAAUAGCAUGAGGGUGAGAAAAAGGUACGAAGAGAACGGUUGAUGGUAAAAAUGUGCGUGAAAAUGAACUCAUUUGUGUUAUAGUACGCAGUAAAAUGCGCGUUGAAGGUGUUCUACCAAUCAGCUAUGUUUGCACCUCUUAGCCGUUCAUGUGGCACCGUGGUACAUGCACUAUGGAGGUAUUAAAUAUAACAAAUAUGUGGUGAGGAGUAGCACAAACAGGUAUAUUUAUAAAAUAAAGAAC